CUAGUGCCCCCGUGUGGAUGGUACGCUACAUAACACGUGUCCACUUCCUGUAAAGCUGAAGGGUGGGACAGGCGGAAGCUGGGUGCUGCAGUGCUAGUAGUUUUUAUUUUGCUGAGCAGUUGGACUGAUAUUUAUCACUCAGCAUGCCGGCGUAUCACUCGAGCCUGAUGGUCCCCGACACCAGGAUGGUGGGGAAUAUGGCUUUGCUACCCAUCAAAACCCAGUUCAAGGGACCAGCCAGAGGAGACGGCAUGGAGACUGACAUCGUUGAUGAGGCUAUCUACUACUUCAAAGCCAAUGUUUUCUUUAAGAACUAUGAAAUCAAGAAUGAGGCAGAUAGGACGCUGAUCUAUGUGACACUGUACAUUUCUGAAUGCCUAAAGAGGCUACAGAAGUGCAGCUCCAGGAGCCAGGGAGAGAAGGAGAUGUACACUCUGGGCAUCACUAACUUCCCCAUUCCUGGUGAACCUGGCUUCCCUCUCAAUGCUAUGUAUGUCAAGCCUGCAAACAAGCAAGAGGACGAGACCAUGAGAGCAUACCUCCAGCAGAUCCGCCAGGAGACCGGCUUGAGGCUAUGUGAUCGCGUGUUUGACCCUCAGACAGACAAACCCAGCAAGUGGUGGGUGUGCUUUGUCAAAAGGCAGUUCAUGAACAAAAGUCUCUCCGCCCCUGGACAGUGAACAACUCAGGACUCAGGUUUUUGAUUCUACACCUGCAAGACGGAUGGAUGGAUUUGUUUUUGGUGGGGAGGGGGGGGUUGUUAUUCUGCAUUGCUAAGAUGAUUUUAUACUCUUUAAGUUUAGGGAGAAGUCUUCACUUGUCUGGAUGUUGACCAUAUUGAGCUGGUGCUUAAUUCAAUAAAGCAAUCAUGGAGAUUAGAAAAUAAUGUAGUGCUUUCUUCUGUUCUUAUUGCACUUCACACUCAAAACAAGGCACAUCUUCAAGAGUUGAGAUUAUUUUAGAGUGAGUAGCUCUGUAUGUGAGGUUCUUUAAAAUGUAUUUCAAUAAAAUAACUUGGUGCAA